AUGGUGUGCUUGAUCGCUUGUAUCAAGGUAAUGUGUUGGCAUCUGAUAGGGAAGCUACUUAGAUUAGCUUAUAAUAACCCACCCAAUCACCAUAACUUUCAAGGUUCCCUUAGUGAUAUUGAAAUGCUUAUGAUGAGGAUCGCUUUCUCUGUUUCGACAUCAAUUAUAACUAACAAGGUGACAAAGUUGAUGAUUGAAGGGAAGAACAAAGAGGGUGACACCCCCUUACACGUGGCAAUCAAGAGCCACCAGAAUGACGUGGCAAAAUACUUGAUUCGUGUUACGCCCGAGGUGGCAUGUUGUGUAAACUGUGAGGGGGUGUCGCCAUUGCUUUUAGCUGUCAAGUUGGGGAUGAAGGAAAUAGUGCAGUAUGCAUUUUUGAUGUUAAGGUUUACCAGUAGAGAGGCUCUGCUUGCACAUUCUGAAAAGGUUUCACUUGCUCAUGCUGCCAUCAAAGCUAGGAACCUAGGCAUGUUGGAGAUUGUAAUGGAGGAACUACCCAGUCUCAUUGAUUCAUUAAAUGGAAAGGGAUGGAAGCCAUUAUCCUAUGCAGCUUACAAAGGUUAUCUCGACCAAGUUAGCUACUUCCUUCAAAAGUUUCCUGAUUCUGCAAAGAAAUCUGAUACAGACGGCUCCUUUCCGAUACAUAAGGCAGUUGGUGCAAACCAUGUUAGCAUUGUCAAAGUGUUUCUAUCAUCCUGUCCUUCAACUAUACAUGAUGUUGAUGAAAAGGGUCAGAGCAUCCUCCAUAUUGCAGUCAGAUACGCGAGAGCUGAUGUUUUCUCUUAUUUAACCAAACAGAAGGAAGUUGAGAAGAUAUUCUAUCUGAAAGAUGGACAGGGUAAAACUUUUAUGGAUUUGGCGAAUGAGCUCAAAAGAAACAUUGCUGAGUGA